UUCAAUCACUUAGUAAUUGUCAGAACAAAAGGAGAAGAAAAAUUUUCUACUCAUUUCUGGCAACUUAGAUCCAAGUGUAUAUAGAUGGAGAAAGGCAAGAAAAUGGCUCUUCUUGUGGGCUGCAACUAUCCCAAAACCCCGAACGAGCUGCGCGGGUGCCAUAACGACGUUUUGGCCAUGCACGAGGUGCUUGUAGCUCAAUUUGGUUUUGAUCCAAAUCAUGUUGAGCUAAUGAUUGACAAGCCCGGUAGCUUGACCAUGCCUACCGGUGCCAACAUCAAGAAGGCACUAAGCAGAAUGAUCGAUCAAGCUGAGCCAGGCGACGUCUUGUUCUUCCACUACUCGGGCCAUGGGACUUUGAUCAAAGCUCGCAAUUUGUCUAAGAUAGAGGAGGCGAUCGUUCCUUGUGAUUUCAAUCUCAUCACCAGUGUGGACUUCAGGCAGCUUGUGAACCGUGUGCCAAAAGGAGCUACUUUCACCAUCCUCUCUGAUUCUUGCCACAGUGGAGGCCUGAUCGACAAAGAGACGGAGCAGAUCGGUCCAUCUAGCACUCCCAGAAACAGCAUAACUCCACCUUUCUGCAAGCCGAAGGAGAUUCCUUUCCAGUCAAUCCUGCAAUAUUUCACAUCUCUAACAAGCAAAAUCAGCACAGACAUAGGUGCACACUUGGUGGAAGUGUUUGGAUCUGAUGCCAGUCUCAUGUUUCGUUUGCCCCUGCACGAGCUGGAGCCGAUCAGCACACCAUAUUUGAAGCCAGACGAAGGAAUUUUACUAAGCGGCUGCCAAGCAAACGAGACAUCUGCAGAUGUGGAAAUCAUGACGAACGGAAGGAAACCUUGUGGAGCGUUUAGCAACACGGUUCAGAUGGUGUUGAAGAAGAAUUCAGGACCUCUAAGCAACAGGGAAAUAGUAUUGAUGGCUAGAAAGAUUCUGAUCAUGCAACAUUUCAACAACCAGCACCCUUGCCUCUACUGCAGUGAUGAAAAUGCUGAAGCAAUUUUCUUGAGCCCACCCCAGAAACCAAGUCCAUGAGAAAGCACGUUAUAUGUUGCCAUGAAAUCUUGUGUGUAUUGAUAAGACAAUAAAAUCUUUGUGCGAAUAUGCAAUUGUUUCAUUGUUUGUUCAAAAUUGGAGUUUCCCAAGUCAUGAAGAAACUGAAUUCAAGAAUUGUUUUGAUAGGAGAAUACACUAAACCCGAACGACAAAUGCCCUCAAAAAA